UGCUCUUCUCGUGCCUCUCCCCUUCCUCCUUCGCCCCACUUGAAUAUAUUUCUAUAUAUUUACACACACACUCACGCUUCUAUAUUCUGCUUAAAGUGCUGUUAUUCUUUCAGUAUAUCCAUUCCAGAUUUUCUGAAUCCUCAAGAUCUGAAGUCGCUCUCACAUGGAGGAUCGUAAGGAGAAAAAUGCCCCCUGGCUAUCGGUUCCACAGUUUGGGGAUUGGGAUCAGAAGGGGCAAGUGCCAGACUACUCAAUGGAUUUUUCAAAAAUCCGGGAAAUGAGGAAGCAAAACAAGACAAAUGUAUCCAGGGCGAGUCUUGGUAACGAAGAAGAACUCAUGGCUUCUUCAACUGCCAGCAUGAACACAGGCCACAGCAUCCCUGAGCCCCAGCAUUCCCAUUACCAUCGAAGCCACCACUCUCAUACUGCAAGGAGGAGCUUCUUCAGCUACUUCAACUGCUGCGUGAAAGCUUGAUGUUAGAGGCGGUGUACAUUAUUUUUCUUGCCUUCUGUAGAUUUGGUUAGAAACAAUCACGCUUCUUCCCAUUUGGUGAUUAAAUGUUCCCCCCUUUUUUUCCUUUUUGAUCUUGAA